AUGAGCUGCGGCUGCAUGAUGGCAGCGACCCGGCCAAGCCCAUUCUACUCAGUGUUCUUGGUGCGCUCUCUUCCCUUCCCACGCAAGGUCUUUGACGUGACGGAAGGGAAGAGAUUCUACGCCAAGGGGGGGUCCUACUCCUUCUUUGCCGGGCGUGACGCCUCGCGUUCCUUCGCCACGGGCGAGUUUGAGGAGGAGAAUCUCACGGACGACGUGACCGACCUCGAACCCGAACAGGUGGCGGCCAUCAAAGAGUGGCAAACCCAAUUCGAACGCCAGUACAAGUACCUGGGCAAAGUCGGAGAUUUUUAUGAUGCGGCCGGCAAGGCUACGCCCGCGCUCAAGAAGGUGAAAGAGAAGCUCCAGAAGGCCAAGAUUGUAGUGGAUCAGGAGCUCGAGGAGAAGCAGCAGUUUCCAGAGUGUAACUCGAGGUGGACGGAGAAGGACGGCGCCACCGUCUGGUGCACCGAAUCGAGCGGCGGCAUCGAGAGAUCCUGGAAGGGCUAUCCCCGCCAGUUCAAGAGCGCUCGCGCGCAGAACCCCAGUCCCGACGCCCUCGAGUGCCAGCGCUGA